AUGGUGGACGAGGCGGAGCGGUACAAGGCCGAGGACGACCAGCAGCGCGACCGCGUCGCAGCGCGCAACCAGCUGGAGGGCUACGUGUUCAGCAUCAAGCAGGCCAUCGACGAGGCCGGCGACAAGCUCCCGGAGCAGGACAAGACCAGGGCGCGCGAGGAGUGCGAGGCGACGCUGCGCUGGCUGGACAGCAACACCCUGGCCGACAAGGAGGAGUACGAGCACCGCCUCAAGGAGCUGCAGCAGAAGGUGCAAGAGGUCAUGGUGCGCCUGCACUCGGGCGGCCCGGGCGCGUCACAGCCCCAGGCACCCCAGGGCUGCGGGCAGCAGGCUGGCAGGCACAACGGCCCCACCGUCGAGGAGGUCGACUAAGUCAACUGAGUCAUUAGUGUGAUAAAGACUUUAGUGUAAGUGAGAUUCUGGUGUAUAUUUCUCUGUGAACACGAUUAUUAGUCGCAGUAUUUCUUAAAUUCCAAAGAUGUGUGUGAGUGUGUAUAUAUAUUGAAGUUUAGGUUGAAUGUUAUGUGUUUAUAUAAUUUAUUGGUUUCUGCAUUAGCAGUGUGCCAUGUUGACUGAUUAAUUGUUAAUUUAAGUUUAGAUGGCAAAUGUUUUUCUUGUAUGAAUUUCAUCUCUUAAUCUUGUUUCCUGUUGAAUUGUAGUACAUUACAGGGAUGUAAACUGUGUACGUGAAUUAUUUAAAGCAAUAAAAAAUUAGGUGAUAUUUUUUUAAA